AUGGUGCAAGGAUACGUCACAUUUGGUUUGUUGUGCACAAUACCGGUUCUUACCUUAUUUGGAAAUGCGCUGGUAAUCGCAUGCUACACCAAGUUCCAAUUCCUGCGUACAAAGUGUCAUAUUUUCGUCAUAUCACUUGCCACUGCCGAUAUUUGUGUUAGUGUGUUUGUGAUGCCUUUAAGACUUUACGAAGUCAUUAAUAAUGGAGAAUGGUAUUUAGGACACGUCCUAUGCGACGUGGUUAACAUAGCUGACGUUGCCCUGAGUACAACAUCAAUUCUAAACCUGGCAGGCCUUGCAUUCGAACGAUAUCUUGUAAUCUGCCGCAAUUUCUUUCACCGGAAGUUGAGCAGAAGAAAAAUCAUCUUGCUGGUCAUGCUGUGUUGGUUUCUACCAGUACUGGUUUUUGUUCUGCCAAUGGCAUUCAAGUGGCACGUCAUCGGAAUAGAACAUUUAAUCAACUGUGCUUCAACGUCACCUUCUCGUUGCCCGUUGCUACUGAAUGUGCCAUAUGGUAUCAUAGCAACAUGUACUUCCUUCCACGUCCCUUUAAUCUUCAUGAUCGUCUGUUACUGGAGGAUACUACUGGCUGCACGAAGACACACGGAAGUCGUUCGGAACUUUUCGACGCAAAGAAACCAACUGCAGCUUCAGCGGGAAACUAAAGCUGCAAGGACUCUUGGGAUCGUAAUGGGGUGUUUCUGUAUCUGUUGGCUACCAUUUAGCGUUAUCAGCACGAUUGGAUCUCUCUCCAGCUACUCUGUUAAUGUUCCUUCUGUAGUGUCCAUUUCCAUGUGGCUAGGGUACGCCAAUUCGUGCAUGAAUCCUUUACUGUACUAUGUUUUCAGUCACGAUUUCAAGGUGGCCUACACAGCAAUAUUUCAUUGUAGGUGUCGCUAG